GUGGCCUGAUAUUUCAUGAGAUUCAGCCCCAGGGUGUUAAAGCUAAAGGUGGAUAAAAAUAAAAUGGUAGCCACAUCUGGUGUGAAAAAAGCCAUAUUUGAUCGACUGUGUAAACAAUUAGAGAAGAUUGGGCGGCAGGCUGACAGAGAAGCUGGAGAUUCAGCUACUCCAUCACAGAAGAAAAAGAAGACAAUGGUUGAACCUCCAGCAAAAGAAACAGAGAAGGUAGUAGACAGACCACAUAAACUGCAGAAAGAUGAAGAUCUGACACAGGAUUAUGAAGAAUGGAAAAGGAAAAUUUUGGAAAAUGCUGCCAAAGCACAAAAGGUUAUAGCAGAGUGAUUUCAGCUUCCAGACUGCCAUUGGCUGCAAACUAAUAGUAAGUACAUCUGCCACCUCAAUGAAGAUGUGAGGGCUUUGGAAUUUUAUUUGAACUCUUACAACAAGGAUCCGAAGACUAUUGCCUUAAAAGCAAAGAAGUCAGUGCUGGGGCUGAGUUCUUGGAAGCAAACUGGCCGGUGACAUGGGCGACAAAUUCAUUAGGUCAGGCACAGUGCCUGGUUGGCAUGGCUUUGGCUCCCCACAGGUCUGCAUUCCUACAAAAUGGAAUUGGAGCCAUUUUGCUCUUUUGUUUUAAGCAAAAGUCAUUCUCCUGUCCUAUCAAUAUAAAAUUCAGGUCUGAAUGGAGUACUAUGGAUUUUACUUAGGUUUUUGUGUAAAUUUCUUGUUUGACUAAAUCAGUAUAUGGUACAGCCUGAGUUAAUAAAUAUUUCUUUUUAUAUGCA